GGUUGGGAUCCAAGGCUGGGAUUGGGAAUUUGGGAAGCAGGAGUGGGACGGAGCUUCCGGAGCAGGGUUGGGAUCUUGGAGCAGAUUCCCAAAAAAAUGAGGAAUGAGGAGAUGAAUUCCAGGGAAACCGAGGCUGCCCCAUCCCUGGAAUUAUCCCAUCCCGGGAUAGCGAGAAGUGUCUGGGCUGAUCCCAAUACUCCCAGCCUGGAAUUCUCCCAGAAUUCCCAUGGGAAUGGGAUCAUCCUUAAAUCCCACCCAUUCCCACAUUCCAGGAUUUCCCGAGCCCGGCAGAUCCCAAGCUUUCCUUAAUUAGUCCUUAAUUAACUCCAGGAAAAGCUCUGGAGGCUCCAAGGUGCUCCAGGAUUUUUUUUUUUUUCCCGGGAAUUUUGCCCUUCCCGUUCCUUGUCCCGCUUUUCCCUUGGCACCUACACAGGGGAAGCUCCACCGGGAUCCUUCCAGCUCCUCUGGGGGAUUUUUUUGGGAAAACUCACGGAUUUUCCAUCGGGAAUCCACCUUUGGGGCCUCUCCUUGGGUUUUCCCCAUGGGAUCCCGGAUCCUUUGGAAUCACGGAAUGGCCGAGGUUGGAAAACCUCUGGGAUGGUCCCAUCCCGUCCAGCCGUGAAUCCAAGGAUGCUCCAGCUCCCAGGGAAUGUUUUCCAGGGCAAUUCCCCUGCUUGGGAUCCGUUUUCCAUCGUUAUUCCCAAAUUUCCAGCAUUCCAGAGGCUGCCCUGGAAUCCUUGGGGCUCUCCCACCCCCCACAUUCCGGGGGAAGGGGACAAAUCCCGAUGGGGAAAUCUGGGACGGCAGCUCCGAAGGGCGAUCCCGAAUCCCGGAUUCCCUUCGUGGGUGGGAUCCCCGUUCCGACAGCCGGGAUUUAUCCCUGGCUCCCCUUCCCGGUGUUUUGACGGGAUAACGGAUCUGUUCCAGAUGUUGCUCGGCGGCAAAACAGUCCCAGCCCUAUAAAUCGUUCAGCCCAUGGAAAAAAAAAAUUCCUCCAAGUAGCUCCGGAGUUUUUCCCUUCCCAUUUUUUUUGUCUUGGAUCCCGUUCCCCGUGCGCGGGGAUGGCUCCAACUCCGGCAUUCCCGGCGUCCCCCCGGGCACGGAAUUCCCUUGGGAUAUCCUGGAUGGAGCCAGAGCCAAACCUGAAUCCAGUCCCAAACCCAGUCCUGAAUCCAGUCCCAGAUCCAAUCCCAAACCCAAUCCCAGAUCCCAUCCCAGAUCCAAUCCCAGAUCCAAACCCAGUCCCAGAUCCAAUCCCAAAUCCAAUACCAGAUCCAAUCCCAAAUCCAAUCCCAAAUCCAAUCCCAAAUCCAGUCCCAAACCCAGUCCUGAAUCCAGUCCCAGAUCCAAACCCAAACCCAGUCCCAGAUCCAAUCCCAGAUCCAAUCCCAAUCCCAGUCCCAGAUCCAAUUCCAGAUCCAAUCCCAAUCCCAAAUCCAAUCCCAAACCCAGUCCUGAAUCCAGUCCCAGAUCCAAUCCCAAACCCAAUCCCAGAUCCAAUUGCAGAUCCAAACCUAAUUCCAGAUCCAAACCUAAUCCCAGAUCCAAUCCCAAACCCAAUCCCAAAUCCAAUCCCAAACCCAAUCCCAAAUCCAAUCCCAAACCCAGUCCUGAAUCCAAUACCAGCUCCAAUCCCAAACCCAAUUCCAGAUCCAAUCCUAAACCCAAUCCCAGAUCCAUUCCCAAAUCCAAUUCCAGAUCCAAACCCAAUCCCAAAUCCAAUCCCAAACCCAGUCCUGAAUUCAAUCCCAGAUCCAAUCCCAAACCCAGUCCUGAAUCCAAUCCCAGAUUCAAUCCCAAACCCAAUCCCAAAUCCAGUGCCAAACCCAGUCCUGAAUCCAAUCCUAGAUCCAAUCCCAAACUCAGUCCUGAAUCCACUCCUAAAUUCAGUCAGAAUCCAAUGCCCGAUCCAAUUCCAGAUCCAGUCUCAAACCCAAUCCCAAAUCCAACCCUGAAUCCAACCCUGAAUCCAAUCCCAAACCUAAUCCUGAAUCCAGUCCUAAACUCAAAAUCCAGCCCCAGAUCCCAUCCCAAACCCAGUCCCAGAUUCAGUCCUAAAUCCAAUCCCAGAUCCCAUCCCAAAUCCAGCCCCAGAUCCCAUCCCAAAUCCAGCCCCAGAUCCCAUCCCAAAUCCAGUCCCAGAUCCCAUCCCAAAUCCAGUCCCAGAUUCAAUCCUGAAUCUAAUCCCAAAUCCAGCCCCAGAUCCCAUCACGAUCCCAACCCCAAGUCCAGUCCCAAUCCCAAAUCCAGCCCCAGAUCCCAAUCCCAAUUCCAAAUCCAGUCCCAAUCGCAAUCCCAAUCCCAAAUCCAAUCUGAAUCCAAUCCCAGAUCCAA